GAAUUUAAUGAAAAAAUUUUGACUGGUGCAUGCCUUGUUGUUGCAGAAGGAUUGGUAUUUGAUAUUCAUAAAUGGAUAAAAGUUCAUCCUGGUGGACAAAGAAUUUUACGUAGAGUGGUAUGA